AUGGAAGAUGAUGGUGGUAUUGAUGCGAAACUGAUCGCAGUUCCACAUGACAAAUUGACUCCGCUUUAUAAAGAUGUGAAAGAGUAUUCAGAUCUUCCUGCUUUGUUGUUGAAUCAAAUUGAACAUUUCUUUGCACAUUACAAAGAUUUAGAGCCUGUUCAGAAGUUGCAAAAGCUGAAGUCUUAA